AUGGGCGCUUGUAAAUCUUGCACUCAAUAACCAUCACCAGAAAUCAAAUCAGGUGAUAUGGAAUAACCUGGUAUUCGUAGUGAAUCAAUACAUAUGAAUAGUAAUCUCCCUAUGGAAUAACCUGGUAUUCGUAGUGAAUCAAUACGUAAGAUUAGUAAUCUCCUCAAUGAGUUUUAGGCUUUUCAAAUUAUAAAGAAGACUUCAUAUUCAUUUAUUUAAGAUGCUGCAUUCAGAAAUGGAAGAGUCAUUACAAAGAAAUUAAUCAAUACACAAGGGACAGUCAAACCAAUUAACUUAUCAUAACUACAUGAAGUAAAUAAAGGAUUGGAACAACUCAAAGCCCUUGCAAAUAAAUAAGAUAAAUGUGAGAUUGAAAAGUCAAUGAAAUUCAAAUGUGGUUUAGAAUUAGGAGAUAAAUUCCCAUUGAUAAAAUUUCAUAUGCUUUUGAAGGCAGAAUCUUAAACAAUAGUAUUAUAAGAUAAUACUUAUACUUUAAUAAAAUCUUGGGGUUAAGGUGAAUAGAUGGUGAAUUUCCAACAUGCCAUAGAAUUGGUUGAUUCAUUCAAAAAUGUACAAUUUUAAUUGAUUGGCUUAACAAGAGGCAAUGAGGAAUAACAAUCUGUAUAUGAAGAAUUAGUGAGAUCUAAUCCAGGAUGGUAAUAACAUUAACACAUUUAUGUACUUACAGAAGAACCAGAAAAUCAUAUAUUCGAUAUAUUUUAUUAGGAAUAAACAAAUGAUAUUGAGGAAGGAUAUAUAGCAAGUGCAUUAUUGUUUUAUGGUUAGAAUUUGAUUUGGAAAAGAUAUGCAUUAGAGUGGGAUAUGUCAGCUGAUUCUGAUGAGGUAGCUUUGGAAGUAACAAAUCUUUUGAAUACUGGAGUAAAGGAAUAUGUGGGAAUAAGAGAAAUGAAUUAAUAAAGCAAUAUAAAUAAAUAAUAAUAUUUGGAUUUAAAGAGAUUUAUAUUAUAAUAACAAUAAUAAUAAUAAUUUACUAGAAGUGUGGAAGUCACUUUAAAUAAAAAGACUAUUUAUGGUAAGAAUAAUAAAUAAGUUAUUUAUGAGAAACCAAUAAUUUAAGUGUCAUGUUCACCUAAAUCAUAAUAGAUUACAGAAAAUUUCAUUAAACCUCUGUAAUAAAAGCCAUUAAUUUGGGAUAUAUAGAUUUUAAAGAAAUUAUUGACAUAAAAAAUUAAAGAAAAUAAUCUCAAUAUUGAAGCUUCUUUAGAGAAAUAGAUUAAAAUUUAAAUAAAUUAUGAAAAUAAUUUUAUAUAAAUUCCUAAUUGGGAAUUAGCAACACUUACUCCUUAUUACAAAUCUACUUAAUAUAUUUCAUAAGUUAAAUAAUGGAUACAUGCUAGAGAUCGUAUUUUAAGCGAAGUACAGGAUUCCAAAGAUCCUGUAUUAUAAAAAGUAAAUAAAAUGAUUUAUCAAUUUUUCAAUAAUAUACCAACUGUUGAGAAAGUACUGAAUUAAUAAUAUGGUAAAAUUCCAUAUGCAGAGAAACGUAAACCUCCAUAUGAAGAAAUGUCUGUAUCUAAGAGUUUAGGUAAUGAAGAGAUUACAAGAAAAUAAGAUAAUAUAUUGUUUAUUUUAUUGAUUGAUUAUGAAAAUGAUGAUACUUUGAAUAUGUUAAAGAAUUUAAUAAAUUUUAAGAAAAAUGCUUUUAUACAAUUGUAGAUUGCUGUAUUAGGACAUAUUAGAGCAGAAUCUUGGACUAAAUUAUUCUAAGCCUUUAUGGAGAAACAUUAAUUAGAUGAAGAUGCUUAGUAAGGAAUAAUAGAAACAUGGUUUCCAGUUGAAGAUAAAAUAGGUUCUAUAUCCUUUAGUGCAAUUUUAAGUAAGAUGUAUGGGAUGAAUUUGGAAAAGAGAGAUUGUAUGUUAGUUGAUUUGGAUAAUCAAGUUCGAAUUAUUGAUUCAAGUAGAAGAAUUAUUCCAAAAAUUUCUUAGAUUUUGAAUGAUCUACAAAAAAAAAAUUAAAUUUAAGAAAAAGAAUUUAUGUAUAAUAUUUUUUAAAUUUCUAGAAACUAUUUGAAUUAAUAUUAACAAUUUAAAAGAUCUAUUCGAGACAAUCCAUAAUUGUUAUAAUUAACUUAACAAAUAAAAGAAUAAUGUAAAGAUGAUGAUUGUUUGAUUGUCUAUGAGCAAAGAAAAGCUAAAAUUUGGGAUUUUGAGGGUGAAAAUAUAAUUGAAACUAGAAAACAUUAAUAACCUACCAAAAUCUUAAGAUUGAUACCAAAAACAUCUGAAAUGAAUGAACUAACUAAAAUUAUUGACAAUUCAGAUUUCUUAUAAAUGAAAUGA